CUUCUCGGAGGGCGGUUUUGGGGACCGAGCAGAGCUCGGUGGGUGUGGCAGAUGCCAGCAGUCCUCACGGACCUGAUGUCACCCUCUGGCCCUGCCCAGGCCUCCUGCACGUGUAAGCCAGGCCUGGUCAGCAUCAACGGCAACGCCUCUGCAGGCUGCUUUGCCUACUGUUCCUCCUUCUCCUGUGACCGGUCAGCUACCUGCCAGGUGACCCCUGGUGGAAAGACCAGCUGUGUGUGCACGGAGGACCAGGUGGGGGAUGGGCGCUCCUGCUACGGACACCUGCUCCUCGAGGUGCAGAAGGCCAGCGCCAGUGUGACCAGGACCCUGGGACUG